UGUCUGUACCACCCUCCCCAUUCAUAAAAUCCUGAUUGCUUCUCUCCUCUGCUAACCCAACCCAAGGAGGCAAAGAUUAUAUGUGAAACAAGCUAAUCAUUCAUCGAUCACCCAUAAAACAGAGCAAGAACCCAGAGAGCCAGAGCAGUUCAAUAAAGGGAGAGGAAAAACACAGGCACAUGAGCUCAAAAGCCAGAUAGGGUGGGGGAAGAGAGAGAGAGAGAGAGAGAGAGAGAGAGAGAGAGGAGAAGACGGAGCUUUGUUUCAUAAUAGAACUGAGCUAAAUAAAGAAAAUUACACAAGAGGGUGAGUUUUAAAGCAAAUGUCAGCUGAUACUCAGCAGGAGAUAAGGACGAUUGAGCAGUGGAGAUGGUCAGAAAUGCAAGGCCUGGAGCUCUUGUCCCCUCCUAAUUCCUCCUCCGACCCUUUUAAGCCCAAUCCUCCUCCUCCUUCUUCUCCUUCGCCAUUAGCGCCAGCCGCUGAUAACACUUCAAGACUGGACCCGGAGGCCCCGACCCAACAGAACCCCCAACAAGAAGCAGCACACACAGCAGCAGCAGGGAGAACAGGAAUGGAGCCUCGUCCACCCCCUAAUUCUAUCGAGCAGCCAAAGGCGGACGGCACCGGCGGUAGCAAUAGUGGUAGUGGUGGUAGCAAUACUAACUCAAGUGGCGCGGAGAAGCCCAAAGAUGUUCAGGCUGUUGGGUUCGGCGAGCUCUUUAGAUUCGCCGACGGGCUCGACUAUGUCCUGAUGGGGAUCGGGUCAGUCGGGGCAAUCGUUCAUGGCUGCUCCUUGCCCCUGUUCCUGCGGUUCUUCGCCGAUCUCGUUAACUCGUUCGGGUCGUACGCGAAUGAUGUCGACAAGAUGACGCAGGAGGUCCUCAAGUAUGCAUUCUACUUUCUGGUGGUGGGUGCUGCGAUUUGGGCAUCUUCUUGGGCAGAGAUAUCAUGUUGGAUGUGGACAGGGGAGAGGCAGACGACGAGGAUGAGGAUCAAGUACCUCGAGGCAGCUCUGAACCAAGACAUUCAGUUCUUCGACACGGAUGUCCGAACCUCCGACGUGGUCUUCGCCAUCAACACUGACGCUGUCAUGGUCCAGGACGCCAUUAGCGAGAAGCUGGGCAACUUCAUGCACUACAUGGCGACAUUCGUCUCCGGGUUCGUGGUGGGCUUCACCGCCGUGUGGCAGUUGGCUCUCGUCACGCUCGCGGUGGUCCCUCUGAUCGCCGUUAUCGGGGGCAUCCACACCACCACGCUCGCGAAGCUGUCGGCGAAGAGCCAGGAAGCUCUCUCCCAGGCCGGAAACAUAGUCGAGCAGACGGUGGUCCAAAUCCGGGUGGUCCUGGGGUUCGUUGGAGAGUCGAGAGCGCUGCAGGCCUACUCGGCGGCGCUGAAGGUGGCGCAAAGGCUGGGAUACAGGAGCGGGUUCGCCAAGGGGAUGGGGCUAGGCGCCACCUACUUCGUCGUCUUCUGCUGCUACGCGCUUCUUCUCUGGUACGGCGGCUAUCUCGUCCGCCACCACUACACUAAUGGCGGCCUCGCCAUCGCCACCAUGUUCGCUGUCAUGAUCGGUGGACUGGCUCUGGGACAAUCUGCCCCGAGCAUGGCUGCAUUUGCAAAGGCUCGAGUUGCAGCUGCGAAAAUCUUCCGGAUAAUCGACCACAAGCCUGCCAUAGACAAGAACGGCAAGACCGGCCUUGAGUUGGACUCUGUCACUGGACAGGUUGAUCUGAAAAAUGUGGACUUCUGUUACCCGUCGAGGCCCGAUGUUCGGAUCCUCAAUGACUUCUCACUGACCGUCCCUGCUGGGAAAACCAUAGCCUUGGUCGGGAGCAGCGGCUCCGGUAAAAGCACUGUAGUUUCCCUCAUUGAGAGGUUCUACGAUCCUACCUCAGGGCAAGUUCUGCUCGAUGGGCAUGACAUAAAGACAAUGAAGCUGAAAUGGCUGAGAGAGCAAAUAGGGCUAGUGAGCCAGGAGCCUGCACUGUUCGCAACCACCAUUAAGGAGAACAUCCUUCUAGGCCGCCCCAGUGCCAAUCAGGUCGAGAUCGAGGAGGCCGCCAGAGUUGCCAAUGCUCAUUCCUUCAUCGUCAAGCUCCCAGAUGGUUUUGACACUCAGGUCGGGGAGAGAGGUCUGCAGCUCUCGGGAGGUCAGAAGCAGAGGAUAGCCAUUGCGAGAGCAAUGCUUAAGAAUCCUGCGAUUCUGCUCUUAGAUGAGGCAACGAGUGCAUUGGAUGCAGAAUCAGAGAAGCUGGUCCAGGAAGCUCUCGACCGGUUCAUGAUAGGGAGGACAACCCUUGUGAUUGCCCAUCGCCUUUCAACCAUCCGUAAGGCCGACCUCGUUGCCGUGCUUCAGCAGGGGAGUGUUUCCGAGAUUGGGACCCAUGACGAGCUGAUGGCUGAGGGCGAGAAUGGAGUAUAUGCAAAGCUGAUCCGCAUGCAAGAGAUAGCCCACGAGACUGCCCUCAACAAUGCUAGGAAGAGCAGCGCUCGGCCUUCUAGUGCAAGGAACUCGGUCAGCUCACCGAUCAUUGCGCGGAACUCCUCCUAUGGGAGAUCGCCUUACUCCCGCAGGCUCUCUGACUUCUCCACUUCUGACUUCAGUCUCUCCCUUGACGCCUCGUACCCUAACUACCGCCUCGAGAAGCUCGCCUUCAAGGACCAGGCAAGCUCCUUCUGGCGCCUUGCAAAGAUGAACUCCCCCGAGUGGGUCUAUGCCCUAGUAGGGUCCAUUGGCUCGGUGGUUUGCGGGUCCCUCAGUGCCUUUUUUGCCUAUGUCCUGAGUGCAGUCCUCAGUGUUUACUAUAAUCCUAACCACCGCUACAUGAGCCGAGAGAUAGCAAAGUAUUGCUACCUCCUCAUCGGGCUCUCCUCAGCAGCCCUUCUGUUCAACACACUCCAGCACUUCUUCUGGGACAUCGUUGGUGAGAAUCUAACAAAACGGGUCCGAGAGAAGAUGUUCUCAGCUGUUCUUAAGAAUGAGAUGGCUUGGUUUGAUCAGGAGGAGAAUGAGAGCGCCAGGGUUGCAGCAAGGCUUGCUCUCGAUGCGAACAAUGUGAGGUCAGCUAUUGGAGACCGAAUCUCAGUGAUUGUUCAGAACACAGCCCUCAUGUUGGUCGCAUGCACUGCUGGGUUCGUUUUGCAGUGGCGUCUUGCCCUUGUGCUCGUUGCCGUAUUCCCAGUGGUUGUUGCUGCCACCGUUUUGCAGAAAAUGUUUAUGACCGGUUUCUCGGGAGAUCUCGAAGCUUCCCAUGCUAAGGCCACACAGCUAGCAGGGGAGGCCAUAGCCAACAUGAGAACUGUUGCAGCCUUCAAUUCUGAGAUGAAGAUCGUCGGCCUUUUCUCCUUAAGCCUUCAGACCCCUCUUCGCCGAUGCUUUUGGAAGGGGCAGAUUGCUGGGAGUGGAUUUGGAGUGGCCCAGUUUUGCCUGUAUGCCUCCUAUGCUCUUGGGCUGUGGUAUGCCUCCUGGCUUGUGAAGCAUGGCAUCUCAGAUUUCUCAAAGACCAUUCGCGUCUUCAUGGUUCUCAUGGUCUCAGCCAAUGGAGCAGCCGAGACCCUUACCCUUGCCCCCGAUUUCAUCAAGGGUGGCCGGGCCAUGAGGUCGGUCUUCGAGCUUCUUGACCGUAAGACUGAAAUUGACCCAGAUGAUCCUGACACUGCCCCAGUCCCUGAUAGGCUCCGAGGAGAGAUUGAGUUCAAGCAUGUCGACUUCUCCUAUCCAUCCCGCCCUGACAUCCCAGUCUUCCAUGACUUGAGCUUCCGCGCCCGGGCAGCGAAGACCCUUGCCCUUGUGGGCCCCAGUGGGUGUGGGAAAAGCUCAGUGAUUGCUCUGAUCCAGCGGUUCUAUGACCCAUCCUCUGGGCGGGUAAUGAUCGAUGGGAAGGACAUCCGAAAGUAUAACCUCAAGUCUUUAAGGAAGCACAUCGCCAUGGUUCCACAAGAGCCCUGCCUGUUUGCAACUAGUAUUUACGAGAACAUUGCCUAUGGCCAUGAAUCCGUCUCAGAAGCUGAGAUAAUCGAGGCUGCGACCUUAGCAAACGCCCACAAGUUCAUCUCCUCAUUGCCUGAUGGAUAUAAGACAUUUGUUGGGGAGAGAGGGGUACAACUAUCGGGAGGGCAGAAGCAGAGAGUUGCCAUUGCGAGAGCUCUUGUGAGGAAAGCUGAGCUGAUGCUCCUUGACGAGGCAACUAGCGCCCUUGAUGCUGAGUCGGAGAAGUCGGUCCAGGAGGCCCUGGACCGGGCCUGCUCAGGGAGGACCACGAUUGUGGUAGCCCACAGGCUAUCAACCAUCAGGAAUGCUCACGUGAUUGCUGUGAUCGAUGAUGGGAAAGUAGCUGAGCAAGGAUCCCACUCGCACCUACUCAAAAAUUAUCCCGAUGGCUGUUAUGCUCGAAUGAUACAGCUGCAGAGGUUCACACAUAGUCAGGUCAUUGGGAUGACUUCAGGAUCGACUUCCUCAAGGCCCCGAGAGGACGGGGAGAGAGAAGGCUAA